AUGUCGGACCCAUCCACUUCCGCUGUUGGCGCACACCAGGAGCAGCAGGUCAGCACCGGACCUGUCCGUCAAGACAUGGUCGCCAGCGCUGUCAGCUUUCUUUCCGACCCAAAGGUGCAAUCCUCGUCAAUUUCGCAGCGAGUCAGCUUCCUCGAAUCGAAAGGACUUCGACCCAACGAGAUCGACGAGGCCAUCCGUCAAGCUGGUCAGUCACAAGCAGGAGGAUCUUCCGGCUACGCAUCUUACGCUGCCGGACCACCCUCGCCCUACUACGGCGGAGCACCCUACAGAGCCUAUGCAGGCGCAGCACAAACACAGCAGCAAGGCCGUGACUGGAGAGACUGGUUCAUUAUGGCAGUCGUAUCCGGUACUAUCGGCUACGGUGUCAUCUCACUCGCCAAGAAGUACCUGAUGCCACACCUCCAACCACCUAAUGCCAACGUGCUUGAAGCGGAUCUUGAGACUCUUACCGCAAAGUACGAUGAAGUUGCCAGCCAGCUCCAAGCGCUUGAUGCCCAAACCCUUGCCGUCAAGCAAGGUCUGGACGAGCAAAAGGCAGAAGUGGAGAAGAGCAUCAAGGAAGUCGAAGAUUGUGUCAAGAGUGUCCGCGACAACGAGAAACGCAGGGAUGGAGAACUGGACCGUAUCCGAGACGACGUGGACGGCAUCCGCAAGGAACUUGGCGGCCUGUUCGAAAAGUCGAAGCAAGCACAGACCAACUCGUUGUCAGAGCUGCAGUCGGAACUCAAGUCGCUCAAGUCGUUGCUGGUGUCCAGAGGAACCGUAGGUGGAGCGACUGGUGGAGCUGCACUAGCGCCUCCUAGGCCUUACGGUGUUGGUGGUUACGGCGCUGGAUCGUAUGGUUCGCCAACGAUUGGUACGCCCACAGGAGACGCUAGCCCACCUCACAUCCCUAAGCCUACCAUUCCCGCUUGGCAGCUUGCUGGAGCCGGGUCGGGCGCCAGCGGUACGACUACGCCUAGCGCGACGGCGAACAAGACAACAGAUGCAGAGACGAGCAAACCUUCAGAGCCGACACUGGCCGAUCCUGCUGAGGAGAUGUCGAAGAGCGACGAAAAGGUCAAGGACACCAGCGAGUAG